AGCGGGUGGGUAGCAACAGUUGCCCUGGUGAGGACGAAGCACCAUAGCCACGGUAGCCCUGGCGACAAGAACCCAGCAACGAGAAUCAACAACAACAACAACUGAAUCCGCCAUAAAAAAUAAAAGAAGACAUUUAACCGGUGGGAAAUACACACGUGGAUACAGAGUGUGAUUCCCAGCUCUUGUAAUGGCCACAUCAGGCUACGUAGGUGAGAUCCAAUCAGCGGCUCAACCCCAGGGGGUUACUGUGAUAGCGGGGCAACCGGAUGCCAGUUCGAGCCCUGCAACUGCCCCUCAGUUUCUGGCUGAGAUUCAGGCUACUGUGGCCACUCCCACUAUUGUCACACCUACAGACCAAACUACUCCCACUGAUCAAGCCACCUCCAUCACCACUCCGAAGCCUGCGGAUGUUAGUCAAGCCCAGUCCACAGCACAGUCCCAGCCUCCUCAGACACAAUAUGUGACUGCAGAGAUCCAGGGCUCCCCCACACAGUCUGGAAAUGCUCAAAGCACUCCUCAGUACAUCGUUGUUACAGUCACAGAGGGCUCCCUUCACUCAAGUGACAGCUUCUCAGACUCAAGCCCCCCUCCAGCUGUGGUGCAAACAGGAGUUCCCACCCAGGUUGUUCAGCAGGUACAGGCUGCUCAACAGAGGUCAGUGGUGCAGGCCACCUCUCAGAUAGCCAAGACUGAGCCGGGCACUCAGCUCAGUGUCACCAGUCUACAGCCUGUUCAUAUCAGCCAGGAGUUCCUCCCUUGUAGUGAGGUGACAGCGUUAGUCAGGGAUACAAAUCUAGAAGAAUGGCCGCUUCAACAUAUGAUAGGACAGCCACAGUGCCAGGCCUUGGUAUCAGCAGACUACAUAAGCGAAUGCAGCAGCAGGCCGAUCUACUUCCCCAUGGACAUCCUUCAGUAUUACCAGCCACUGCCCUUGCUCUCUGUCACAAGCUCAGGCCUCGAUCAGCCACCGUCGCAAGCUACAACUACUGCUUUCCAAGUCCAGCAGCAGCUCACACCAGUACCAGUGCAACAUGUCUACGCCAAUCAAUUGCAGUAUGUGGAUGGAGGAGAGACCAACUACACAACCAGCACCAUCCGUUCCAGCACCUUUCCCUACACUGACACCCCCUUGUACACCCAGACCACAGCUGCCCAGUAUUAUGAAGGUCAGCCAACUUCAGGCUCACAGGCUUCCACCCCUGGCACACCUCUAACGGUCUCUGUCAAUGCUGGCACGACAGGGGGUGUGUCCAUGUUUGUUGCCCAGCCCACCAGUGCAGGGGGGGGAGGGGCCACUGUGGUGACCACGGGUGGCACCACCAAUGGAGCAGGGGAUGGUGCAGACACCAACGGGGGCACAGCAGGCAGCUAUGUGAUCCAGGGGGGUUACAUGCUGGGCAGCAGCAGCGGAGGGGCAGCUGGCAACAGUCAGAACUACUCACACACCACCCGCGCCUCCCCAGCCACUGUGAGUAUUACAGAGGGCGAGGAGGGUAGCGUGCCGUCGGCAGACAAGAAGGUACAGUGGUUGCUGGACAACUACGAGACAGCUGAAGGAGUGAGUCUGCCACGUUCCACCCUCUACUGCCACUAUCUGCUGCACUGCCAGGAGCAGAAGCUAGAGCCGGUUAAUGCUGCAUCUUUCGGGAAACUCAUUAGAUCUGUGUUCAUGGGGCUACGCACACGACGCCUGGGCACACGGGGUAAUUCUAAAUACCACUACUAUGGGCUGAGGAUCAAAGCAGGCUCUUCUCUUCUCCGCCUGAUGGAAGACCAGCAGCAUCUGGCCAUGAGGCAGCAGCCCUUCUCACAGAAACAGAGGUUGAAGCCUGUGCAUAAAGUAGAGGGACUGACCAAUGGCACAGCAGCCGGAGCAGGCCAGCAGCAACAACAGCAGCAGGGGUCAGGGCAGGUAGACAUCAGCACCCAGGUUCAGCAGUACCAGCAGUUCCUAGAUGCAUCCCGAGCUCUCCCAGAUUUCCCCGACAUCGACCUCCAGGGGAAGUCUCUGCCAGAGGGAAUUGAGCUGGAGCACAUAAAGAGCUUUCAGCUGCUGUACAGAGAGCAUUGUGAGGCCAUACUAGAUGUGAUGGUCAACCUGCAGUUUACCCUGGUGGAAACUCUGUGGAAGACCUUCUGGAGGUUCAGCCAGAAUCAGGCUGGAGAUGCCACGUUGGCUGUUCAUGACGAGUCAGAGAAGCGCCUCCCUAAGUCCUGUUUGGUGGUGCUGUGCAAGUAUGACCCGGUGCUGCGCUGGAGCCGGGACUGUGACAACAGCCUGUACCAGGCCCUGGUGGAGAUCCUCAUCCCUGAUGUCCUCAGGCCCAUCCCCAGUGCCUUAACUCAAGCCAUCCGCAACUUUGCCAAGAGCCUGGAGAGCUGGCUGACCAAUGCCAUGAUGAACAUCCCGGAGGAAAUGGUCCGCAUCAAGGUAACAUCAGCCAAUGCAUUUGCCCAGACACUGCGUCGCUACACCAGUCUGAACCAUCUCGCCCAGGCAGCCCGCGCUGUCCUCCAGAACACGGCCCAGAUCAACCAGAUGCUCUCCGACCUGAACCGCGUCGACUUCGCUAACGUCCAGGAGCAGGCUUCAUGGGUGUGCCGGUGUGAAGACCGUGUCGUCCAGCGGCUGGAGCAGGACUUCAAGCUGACCCUCCAGCAGCAGAACUCCCUGGAGCAGUGGGCUGCGUGGCUGGAUGGUGUCGUCUCCCAGGUGCUAAAGCCCUACCAGCAAAGCCCUGCCUUCCCCAAGGCCGCCAAGCUCUUCCUACUCAAGUGGUCCUUUUACAGUUCCAUGGUGAUCAGGGAUCUGACCCUGAGGAGUGCAGCCAGCUUUGGCUCCUUUCACUUGAUCCGCCUGCUGUACGAUGAGUACAUGUACUACCUGAUAGAGCACAGAGUGGCCCAGGCUAAAGGAGAAACCCCAAUUGCUGUCAUGGGAGAGUUUGCCAGUUUAGGACGGGGUCUACAUCAGCUGGAUCCUGACAAAGAAGAGGAAGAGGAGGAGGAAGAAGAGAGUGAUGAUGAAGGUCAGGAGCUGUCUCUUCCCUCAGACGCGGUCGUGCUUGGAGAUGAGUCCCUGGAGCCGCCCGCCAAGCUGGCCAGGAUGGACCAGAGAGUCCUCUUCACAACCGGAUCAGUGGACAUCUAACCACAACGUAACGCAAAUAGACGAGUGUUGAUUAUAUUGAAUAUAUACACACACACGCACGCACACACACACACAUAUAUGUACAAAAAAACACUAAUUUAUACACUUGACACAUGUAUAUAGAUCUUGUAAAUGUGUGUGCAUACUGUAACUGUCCCACUUGUUUACGCACACACAAUCAAAACAUUGAGUACUGCUGUUGCACCAUUGAUUCCAUACAUUGGCAAUGCAAUAGGAUGUGGCUUCAAAACCCAGAGAAACACAAAGCAUUUUAACCCUCAGUUGUAUUAAUCUGUAAAAAUGAACUAAAGCAGGCAUGUUUUUUUCUCUCUCGCUUCUCAACCUGUAGCCUCGCUGUCUCCUUGCUGAGGAGCUACUGCUCACCCUCGAUCCUCCUAAAACUGUCACUGCCGUAUCAAAGUGGUCUUGAAAAUACUGUGAUGUGUGUGUGUGCGUGUGUGUAAAGGUAGCUUCUACAGGAGGAGGGAGCAAAGUUGACCUUCAACAGUAAACAGAAUAAUUCAGUUGUUACUAAUUAAUUUAUUGAAUACUGUGGGAAGCUGUGUUGUUCAGGAGGGAAGAGACAUUUGUGAGGGACAGCAGGCGGUUGGGAUUUUGGGGUGGGUUCUUCUCUCUGUGUGUGUGUGUUUUCUGUUUGUGCACUUGGGGUCACAUCGCUCUGCUGUUAUUUCUGGAGGCUGACUGAAUAUGCUUUUCCAUGAUGGAGUGUGUUCACCUGUGUGUGCGUGUGUGUGUGAGAGAGAGAGAGAGAGAGCGAGCGAGAGAGAGAGAGAGAGAGAGAGAGUCAUGCCAAGUGUUGACUGUUUUCCUCUGUAUAUAUUUUCUAAGGCAUUCAUUCAGGUUUUGAUUUGGGAGACAUGUAUAGAUUUCCUGUUUGAUUUGAUUUGCCUGUAAAGACACCGUUCUUGUGUUCUUGGAGUGCCUGUCAUAGCUGCUACACACACACACACACACACACACACACACAUACACACACACACACUUGUAAAGAUAAAGCUACGGCUGUGGAAUCGGGGCUCCCAUUAGUUGCUGCAAAAAUCUCUUUUUUGAACAUCUGAUUCCAUGAGAGAGGUACUGUACGUGUCAUAUUUAUUUGUUCAAAGUUCUUCAUUCCUGUCCAUCCAAUAAGUUCCUCUGUGGCCUCACUUUCCUUUGAUAUAUAAUUUUCCUGCCUUAUUUAAAUAUACUUUUCAGUGUGUGUGCCAAACCUGUGCGCUUUUAUCCCAGAAUCCAUUGUUUUUUAAAUGACCUUUAUACAUUUUAAGGAGGACUGUGCCUGAGUAAGAAAGGUGAUGUACUUAUAUUCUACUGUAUAUUUAUCCACUAUUUUGAAUUUUGUUGUCACUAAGUGAACCUCUUGUGCAGUGUAUGGUGCUGUGUUGUCACACAUUGUAAGCAACCUUUGUGUGCAUUAUUGCUUUGUGAUUGUAUGUUCAGUUAUCAAUCCUAUAUCAUAUCUGAUGACUUUUUCCACUAACAGGCUAAGGCCCUGCCUCUUUGCACAUAUUGAAUAUUGUCUUUACAUCUCUGACAGUUACCUAAAAUGAUUUUUGUUCAUUUUUCUUUAAAGUCUUAGGUGUGUCUUUUAUUGGUGGAGUGCAGGUGUCAGAUUUUGUGCGAACAUCUCGUACCGCUCCGUGUGGUUCAGUGUGGUGAGAGGUGAGAGGUGAGAUGGCUCCUUCUGCACAGUCCUCCGCCGACACUCAUCUCCCUCCACUGUGCUUUCAUCUCACUUGUGUUUCCGCCCUCCUGCCAAUGGCUUUGUUUUGCUUCAGACAUUCAUAUUCUUAAACACUGUUCGUCAAGAUUGGUUGUCGUAAACAUGUCAUUUAUGGGAUUUUUUUAAUACAAUGUCUUUAAAGAGCUGCAAUGCUCACGUUUUCAACAAGCAUUGCCUGUUUGAAACCAGCACAUCGUCCUUUAAGUGGAGUCCAAUGCUAUUACAGCUGAGUACUUAUCACUCCAGUCUCUAAAUGAUCUACAGCAUAUAGAAUGGCUAUUGUUUACCUGGUAAGAGAAAAUGUUGAGUCAUUUUUAGUGUGCAUUGUUUCUCAUGUACAAAACUAAUUGAGAAAAAAAGAUGUUCAGUGGCAGUGUUUUAUGAAUUUGGUCUGCUAUAAGUAUGACUGUGCCUUUUGGAGGUGGUAGAAUGCAAUUCAGAUGUUUUUAAUUUUAAAGAUAUAAAUUAAAGAAUUUUUAAAAUUG